UCAAGCUCUCUCUCUCCUUUGUCGGGAUCGCACUCCGAUGGACGACAUGGCGAGUUUCUAUCCGCCACCACCGCAAGCACCACCGCCGCAGCCUUCUGGUCUUGAAGCUCCUCACUAUCCCUAUUACCAGGUGCCUCCUCCUCCUUCUUCAGCACCGCCGUCUCAGCAUUACCUCGCUCAACACCCGCCCACCUUCGCUACGUAUGGCUUACCGUUUUUACCUCACGCAGCGUCCCCUAAUGAGGUCCGAACCCUAUUCAUAGCCGGCCUUCCUGAAGAUGUCAAGCCCCGAGAAAUCUACAAUCUCUUCCGGGAGUUUCCGGGAUACGAGUCCUCUCAUCUUCGGAGCCCCACGCAGACGACGCAGCCAUUUGCAUUUGCUGUAUUCUCGGACCAGCAGUCUGCCAUUGGUGCAAUGCAUGCAGUAAACGGCAUGGUAUUUGAUCUUGAGAAGCAGUCAGUACUAUACGUUGAUUUAGCUAAAUCCAAUUCAAGAUCAAAGCGGACAAGGACAGAGGAUGAAAGAUAUGGAUCUGAUAAGAAAGCUAAAGUAUCUAUGUUUUCAAGGAGUACACCUGAUUCUGGUCUUGGCAGCACUCACAUGUCUGGAAUGGGUAAUUCUGCUUACAACACGAUUGGUUAUCCAUCUGCACAAAGCCAUGGAAGCUUUGAUAACAAAAGUGUAAAUGAUACAGUGGCUGCAAAUGUGACUCCUCAAAAUCCCCCAUGUCCAACACUUUUUGUGGCAAAUCUUGGGCCAAGUUGCACAGAGCAAGAGCUAAUUCAAACUUUUUCGAGAUGCCCGGGUUUUUUGAAACUGAAGAUGCAGAGCACAUAUGGGGCCCCAGUUGCUUUUGUUGAUUUCCAGGAUACUGCCUGUUCAACUGGAGCACUGAACCAUCUGCAAGGUUCAAUUCUGUACUCAUCACCUCCUGGGGAGGGCAUGCGAUUGGAGUACGCAAAAUCGCGAAUGGGUAUGCGAAAGAAAUUGAAAUGAAUCGUACUUGCAGACACGAUUGAGCAGAGGCCAUGAGACCAUAUAUUCCCACAUGAAUUUAUAGCCAGAGGAAGUGCAUCAGUUGUACUCUAUGUAGAUGAGUAAAUUAGCAACAUAUGGCAUAACCCAUUUUUUUCAUUGUAUCAAAUGCUGCUGCCCUCUUAGUCAUCAACUCUUGAAAGGAGAGAAGUCAUGUCCUGCUGGAGAAAAAGCUGUUAGAAUAGGAAUUGUGGUAUUACGUUCAGUCCAGCACGUAAAAUUUUUCUCCUGGAGUCGAAUGAAUCAAAUUUAAUUCUCUUAAUUGGAACAGGUAUUUAAAAUAAAGCUGACUAAAUUUUAUGAUUGAA